AUGUAUGAUUUUCAAGAACUUGACGGAAAUAUCUGGGAUGAGGCUAAGUAUUUUAAUGAGGUCAUUCACCGUGCUGGUCUUACUGAUACUAAGGUUUCUGAUACACCUACUAAGUUUCAUGUGAAGCUCAACUCUACUGAUGGUAUCCCUCUGGAUGAUCCCACUGUAUAUCGCGAGCUUAUGGGUUGCUUAGUCUAUUUGACAGUUACUCGUCCUGAUCUUACUGAUGCUGUUCAUAUGGUUAGCCAAUUUGUUUCUGCUCCUCACUCCACACAUUGGGCUGCAUUGGUUCGGAUUCUUCGCUAUUUCCGCGAUACUAUAUUUCAGGGUUCACUAUUGUCCUCUACUUCCUAUCUGGAUUUGGUGGCCUAUGUUGAUUCUGAUUGGGCUGGUAAUGUUAUUGAUUGCAAGUCCACGUCUGAUUUCUGUAUGUUUCUUGGCGAUUCCUUGAUCUCUUAG